GGGCGGAGGAGGCGCUUAGGACCCGGCGUCGCCCCCCACAUCCCGCCGCCCCGCAGCGAGCGCGGCCGCCGCGCCGAGCCGAACCGAACCGAACCGCGCCGGGGAUGGGCAGAGGCGGCGGGCCGGGGGCCGGGGGCCGCUAGCGGGGCGGCGAUGGGGCUCCGCGGGGCUUGGGGGCUGUGGGCGGCGCUGAGCUGCGCCGUGUGCCUGCUGGCGGCCGGGCAGGAGGCCGCGGGGGGCGGCGUAGGGGAGCCGUGGAGGCAGCUGAUCCAGUGGGAGAACAACGGCAGGGUGUACAGCCUGCUCAACAGCGGCGCCGAGUACGUACCGCCGGGCCCCGAGCGGCCGGGGGGAGCACGCCUGGUGCUGGGCCGGGCCGGGGUACGGCGGCAAGCGGCCCCGGUGCGCAGCGCAUCCGAGACGGUGCGAGGGCACACGCGGCACCCGUUCGGCUUCGGGCAGGUGCCCGAUAACUGGAGGGACGGGCCGCUGGGGGACGGCGGCGGGGCCGGGGCGGCGCAGCGGGCGAGGGCGGCGGGGAGACCGCGGCAGCCUUCGUCCUCAUCAUCAUCAUCCUCGGCCGCCUCGUCCUUCGCCUACGCGGCCGCGGGACACGCCGCCUACCCGCAGCCGCCCUUCGAGCAGCACGAGGCGGCCCCGAGGGCUUACGACGAAGCUUACACGUAUUAUCGAAGCGGAGGGGGCGGUGGGGUGGCGGUGGCGGCGGCGGGGGCCGGGGUGUUGUACCCCUUCCAGCCCCGAGCCCGCUACGAGGACUACGGGGAGGAGCAGAGCCCCUACAGGGCGCAGGGCUUCUACCCGGAGCGGCCCUACGCUGCCCCGCAGGAUGGCUUGGACCGCCGCUACUCGCACAGCCUGUACCACGAUGCUGGGACGGUCCCGGAGCACGGCACUGCAGAUGGGUACGGCACCAACCAGCGCGGCUCGGCCGUCACCAACGAUAACCUCCAAGGUCCCGUCGGGUCCCAGCCGGUGAGCGGGACGGCAUAUGGGAAUCAAUACCAACCCUACGAGGCGCAGCCGCCCUUCAGGGCGCUGGAACCCUACGGGGCGGUGCGUCCCGAUGUCUUCGUCCCGGCCAGGAGCCCCGAGGUGGCACAGGCUGUACCUGACAGCCAGGCACGGCUCAGCGUGGGCAGCGUCUACAGGCCCAGCCAUGGAGGACGGGGUCUCCCUGAUCUGGUGCCUGACCCCAACUAUGUGCAAGCAUCCACCUACGUGCAACGAGCUCAUCUGUAUUCACUGCGCUGCGCCGCCGAGGAGAAGUGCCUGGCCAGCACUGCCUACACCCCCGAAGCCACAGACUACGAUGUGCGGGUGCUGCUGCGCUUCCCGCAGCGGGUGAAGAACCAGGGCACGGCCGACUUCCUGCCCAGCCGCCCCCGGCACAGCUGGGAAUGGCACAGCUGCCACCAGCAUUACCACAGCAUGGAUGAGUUCAGCCACUACGACCUGUUGGAUGCCACCACGGGCAGGAAAGUGGCCGAGGGACACAAGGCCAGCUUCUGCCUGGAGGACACCACCUGUGACUUCGGCAACCUGAAGCGCUACGCCUGCACCUCCCACACACAGGGCUUGAGCCCCGGGUGCUACGACACCUACAAUGCUGACAUUGACUGCCAGUGGAUCGAUAUCACAGAUGUACAGCCGGGGAAUUACGUCCUAAAGGUCCAAGUGAACCCCAAAUACAUUGUCUUGGAGUCAGAUUUCACCAACAACGUGGUGCGGUGCAACAUCCACUACACUGGCCGCUACGUCGCCACGACAAACUGCAAGAUCUCCCAAUCUUGAGCUCCAGGCUCCUCCAGCACCCCACCAAGAGCCCAAAACCACCUCAAGACACCACCCGACUGCUUCACAUUACCCAGAGAGAAGCAAGAGAGACUGUUUGAGAUAUUUUUCUACUUAACUUUCCUUUAACCUGCGUUGUUUCUCUGUUUUCUGAUGGAAGCUGAUGAUAAGUGUUAGCUGGAAGAAGGGAAGGCCUGCUAUGGAGCGGGCAGAUGGCAUGUUAAGCAAUAGGGAGCUCGGUAGUUAAAGCCUUCCUGUAUUUAAGGGGUAGGGGGGGUCCAGGCAGUGCCACACUGCCUCCCUGUGGGAUGAAGACAGCAAAGAGUUGGAGGUGCUUCCCCAGAACUCCAUGCACAGCCCUCAGGACAACAGGACGUCUGGUUUAUUAUCGAAAUCAUUAUUUUCAACGAGCUGUACAAAAAAAAAAAAAAAA